GCAAAGUCCAAUAAAUAUUCGGGAAAAUAAGAAUGUUUUUAGGUUUAUAGAGUUGAUUCUGUUGGGUGCACAGGCCCCAAAUGAGAAGCGAUAAAUAUGUACUAAAAUACGGAGAAGCGAUAUACAUUUUAAAAUAUUAAACUUGUCUCAUUUCCAUAAAUUCUAUUUUGCAAACUUCAGUCUUAGCGAUGAUGCCUGGCUAGUUAGCGCGAUGGCUAUGCUAAGCUAGCUACGUAGCUAUUGUUGGGAAAGCUUGGCUGACUACGAGCGUUAACGUUACCCACUCGAAAAGGAUCAAAGUUCAUAUUUUCGGAUGCUAUUGCAUUUUUUUUGUUGACCUGGUGGUAUUCUGCGUACUGAAAGCGACACUAUGUAGCUAAGUAAUUAUGUGAUUAGUUAACUGAGGCAGGGAGCUAGCAAAUAACGUUAGCUAUCUAUCAUUCAAAGUGUCCACAUUGUGAGAGAACAAUCCAUUUGAUUAUCGCUCACUUGAAAUGUCUGAUUUGACUUGUUUCAAUGCUGGCCUGAUCGUCAGAGGUCUCCUUGUUACAACCAAAAAAAAACUACUGUCACUGAUAUACAUUUUUACGUCGGCGUUAGCCAACAAGGAGCCAGUCCCCUCCGUUGGGAGUACGAGCCCAGGAGGUUCAGCAGAGGACCGUGAGUUUGAUCUUUCAGCAGAUAUGCUCGUCCACGACUUUGACGACGAACGCACACUGGAAGAGGAGGAGAGGCUCGAGGGAGAGACCAACUUUAGCAAUGAGAUCGAUGACCUUGCCCGGGAGGGAGAGAUGCCCAUUCAUGAGUUGUUGAGUAUGUAUGGAUGUGGCGGCGGUUCACCAGCAGAUGGAGAGGAGGAAGAAGAGGAGGAGGAGGAAGACUUUGAGGACGAAGAGGAGUUGGAGGAUGAGGAAGAGGAGGAAGAGGACGAUCUGGACAAUGAUGAAAGCAGUAGAAACACUGGCGAGCUGAAGAGGAAUAAGACUGAGAGGGUGAAGAUCUCGUCAGGAAUGGGGAACGAGAACCAGUUGUCCUGCGAGGGUCGCACGCGCUCCGUCAAAUCCCACGGCACGGCAGAGCUGAUACGCGGAUCACAGACGCUCAAGUACUUUGAAAAUAAGGAUGCAGAGGAAGAGUCAGAAGAAGAUGAAAAUUAUGUCCCUUCUGAGGAUUGGAAAAAGGAAAUCAUGGUUGGGUCCAUGUAUCAGGCUGAAACACCGCCUGGCCUUUGUAAAUAUAAAGACUAUGAGAAAGUAUAUGAAAACGAUGACCAGCUUUUAUGGGACCCCGAGUUCCUUCCCGAGGGCAAGGUUGUGGAGUUUUUAUCUCAGGCGUCAACACGAACAGGAGAGGAGAAAGGAGUGGAUGCCAUCCCCGAGGGAUCCCAUAUCAAAGACAAUGAGCAGGCACUUUAUGAGUUGGUCAGGUGUGAAUUUGACACCGAGGAAGCUUUAAGAAGACUGAAGUUUAAUGUGAAGGCAGCUAGAGAAGAGCUGUCUGUGUGGACAGAAGACGAAUGUAGAUAUUUUGAGCAAGGACUAAAAGGUUAUGGGAAAGACUUUCAUUCAAUACAAGCCAACAAGGUGAGAACUAGGUCAGUAGGAGAAUGUGUGGCCUUUUAUUACAUGUGGAAGAAGUCUGAGCGUUAUGAUUUCUUUGCACAGCAAAGCAGGCUGGGGAAAAGGAAAUACAGCCUUCACCCUGGGGUCACGGACUACAUGGACCGGCUGCUGGACGAGACGGAGAGCGCCACGUCCAGCCGGGGGGCCUCGCCCCCUCCCACCACCUCCAACAGCAGCACCAGCCACUCUGAGAGGGAGGACGGCAGUAGCAGCCACAAUGGUUUAGUGAGUCACAACUUGAGCUCGGGAGAAGCUUCCCAAUCAUCCACGGUGGCGAACGACGUCAAAGCAGAAUCCGUCCAGUUCAACGGGCUCACUCCCCCCCACCCCUCUCUGGAUGCUCUCCCUCCUCCCACCACCUCGGACAAAGAGUCCAGCAGCUGCGAGGCAGUGGUCGCCACUCCCAGUCACGACAGGAAUGGCUCCCUGGAGCCCCACUGUGGCAACGGUCACUACGAUGACAUGCCGGCCAAGAGGUGCCGGACAGAGGCGGAGCCACCAGAACCCUCCAGAACAUUGACGACCCUCCAGCAAGAGAACAAAUGAUAAUGAUGACCCCUUCUCAGAGAGGUCAAAGCGCACAGAACCAAACCUAAAUAAAAAAUAACAUGGUGGUAUUCAUUAGUGCACACCGCAGCAAAACGUUUUGCAACAGAAAAAUAAAACUAGAUUUUCUUUUUGGACAA